AUGACGAAGAAUCCGGUGAAUCAUGGCCGCGCCAAGCACAUCGACAUCAAGCACCAUCACAUCCGUGAUGAGGUCAAGCGCGGGGAAGUGCAGCUCGAGUAUUGCGAGACUUCCGUGAUGAUGGCGGACAUCAUGACCAAGCGGACUUUCGGGACCUCGUCACAAGGACUUGACGACGGCUCUCGGCAUUCGUGCGAGUUCGGAUUGAGGGGCGUGUUGACGGUCAUCGGUUUCUACCAGUAUUGGUAA